CAAUCGGAUGAUCCCGGGCGGGCGGAGCCAAGUAGGAGGAAAUGGUACCGUGCGCUGACUGCUCUCAAGAAAACCGGCGACGAGCAUCUGUGCCCGGCAGUUUGACAUCUUCUCUGCUCCUAACGCAUCACUACUGCAACUGCAAGCUAGCAAGAACAAUCUCGCAAGCUAAACUUCAGUCAUUCUCACAAACACAUCCAUUUAUAAGCCAAGCAACGCCUGCAUGCUGUAAUUUGUACACAUAUCUGUGAAGGGCUCGGAGAUUAACGGUACAAACACACGACUGCAGGAUGGAGACGCAGAUACAUGUGCCCGUCGGGUCGCCGGUAAUCAGAAAAAUUCCCAUUUUCGUGGACGAACACAACGUGACGGAGGGGGCGAUGAAGCUCAUUACAGAGCUGAGACCGGCGUGGGACACGAGCCAUGUCAAGACCAAGCUUUUCACUGAAGGAACCACCAACAAGCUAGUGGGCUGCUACGUGGACGACAGUCCAGAGGACGUGGUCCUGGUCCGAGUAUAUGGGAACAAGACGGAGCUGAUUGUGGACAGAGACAAUGAGCUCAAAAGCUUUCAGGUGCUACAUGCUAAUGGUUGUGCCCCUCACCUCUACUGCACCUUUCAGAACGGCAUCUGCUAUGAGUUCGUGCAGGGGGAUGCUCUUGGGACGCAGGAUGUCAGAGAUCCUUCCUUAAUCAGACUGAUAGCCAAGGAGAUGGCUCGUAUCCAUGCCAUCCAUGCACACAAUGGCUGCAUCCCCAAACCCAACCUCUGGAUCAAGAUGAGAAAGUACUUCUCCCUCGUGGCCACAGAGUUCACCGACCAAGCGUCCAACAUCAGAAUUCAGCAGGAGGUUCCCAGCAAGGCGGUGCUGGAGCAGGAGAUUGUGUGGAUGAAGGAGCAUCUCUCCACACUGGGCUCCCCUGUGGUGCUCUGCCACAAUGACCUGCUCUGCAAGAACAUCAUCCACAACAGCAAAGAGGGUCACGUUCGCUUCAUAGACUAUGAAUACUCCAGCUACAACUACCAGGCCUUCGACAUUGGCAACCACUUCAAUGAAUUUGCAGGAAUGGCGGAGCUGGACUAUGGGCUGUACCCCAGUCGGGAGAUGCAGAUGGACUGGCUCAAAGAGUACCUGCAUGCAUACAAACUCUUCACCAAGAAAACAGAGGAGGUCAGCCCGCGAGAGCUGGAGACACUUUACGUACAGGUCAACAAGUUUGCUCUGGCUUCUCACUUCUUUUGGGGCUUCUGGGCGCUCAUUCAGGCCAAAUACUCUUCCAUCGACUUUGACUUCCUCGGGUACGCUGUGCUACGUUUCAACCAGUACUUCAAGACCAAACCUGCAGUGAUGGCCCUGCAGAUCCCAGAAUGAGAGGGCACAGAGGAAGACAGGAGGGAGGGUGUGACAGGUUUUCUGCCGGGACUUCCUGUAGGGUGGGAACUCUCCUCUGUGAGCCAGCUGUUGAUGGACCACUGCUUGGUCUGCCUGGCAUCCUUUUCUGCAACAAGCGCAAUUACUCUUUCAUUCCUCCAACUUGGUUCCACGUCUGUCACAUCUCUAGCUCAAGACUUACCAAACUUCCAUGAGUUCUGUGUGUGAGUGUAUGCUUGUGUACGCUUCAUUUUGGGGUUGUUUUUAUUUAUUUAUUUUGAUAAACCCGACAUCUUGCUUUCCCUCUUAGGGCAGCUGAACAAGGCAUUGUGAGCACUGCAGUCUGAGUUUAGAGAUCAGACUUAAAACCUGCUUUACUGUCUGGCACACUGGCGCCAAAAUGCUCCACAAUGCUGGUAAUGAAGGUCAAAAGAGGGACAAGACUGUGGGUUUGAUGCUGACAUGGACAGACAGUUUGUCCUGUUCUCUGUGCGCUGUAUCUAUGGCUCAAUGCCUUGGCCCCAUCAUAGUUAGAAACUGACUCCAGAGGCAUUUUGCCUGUGGUGUGUACGCUGAGACCAUUCCUCCUCCUGUCUGCAGAUACUGUAACACUUUAAGUUCUAAUCUGUGCGAUCCUUCCUCUGUGUUCUCCGUCUUUGGUGCUACGUGUUGGUAGCUGCAGUAUUUCUGCACUGCACUUCCCAGAGAUCACCUGUGGGCUGUGUCGUCUCUUUCCUCAGAUCUGUUCUGUUGUUGCAGUUUGAGCUUCUGGCAGUCCCUCUUCUAGUUAUUCCAGGCAAAAUGCUGCUGCGAGAAACGUAAAACAAACUUUUCUGUGUGCUAGUGGACUUUUCCCCCGGAAGGACCUACCAGACACUGAGUGUGUGGAACAGCUUUUCAUGGACUGGCUGUAGCUUGAAUCACUAUUGUGUUAUAGCAAUCGGUGAGAGUAGCUCUAUGUGCAUUAAUUUAUUUCUGUGAAGACAUUGUGGAUUAUUUAACAUCUCAGGUGAAACAGCUCUUCAGUUUGGGUUGCUUCAGUAAGUGUUGCUUUGUGUUGACUUGAGUGAUACUGCAGGAGGAGAGGAGGUAGAUGGUUAAAAAGACGGGACCUGUGUAAAUGUCACUCUGAACUCUGUGUGCAUUUCGGUCCUCAGACCGUUUUUCCACCUUCUUGACUUUUAUGGUUACAGCGAAUCGCUCUGUUAAACUUUCCAUUUAAACUGUCCAGACCUCUUGGAAAAUCACAACCUCCAUCACCCCACCGCCAACCCUCCUCCCUCCUUUAUGCCCCCCCCCCCGUGUCUGCUCCCUCCUUACCUUACCGUCUUUCAUCUCCUCCCACCCCAGUUUUGUUUCAUAUCUCCCUUCUUCUGCUGAGAUUGAGGCAGUAGCACUGUUGCUCAGGCCAUCUUAACAUCAGAGAGCGCUCUCAGCCCCACAGUGUAAUCCACUCCCGUUCACAUCCCACAUUCGGAGCCAAAUUCUGUUACAUAAUCAGACAUUGCAUAAGUCGUAUCUGGGGCCAAAUCAAGUGUAGCUUUCAAAAAGAGGCAGGAAUGGGUUAUCUCGGGCUGUGCUGCUGUGCUGCUGUCAGGAGAUCACUUAUUACUUGGAUGGGAAGAGGAUGGCAUCUGACACUCCAGAAACGUAGUCUUUUCCAGAAGGAAACACAGAGUAUCUGAUGCUAGAACUCCACCGACUUUACACAUCAGUGUUUCCAGGUGCUGGGGAGUUCUACUGCAUAUGUGGAAAAGUUGUAUUAAACCUUUUGUGGUCCCCAGUUUGCAAUGGAAAGGUUUCUCUUGUAAAUAUGUAGUUUCCAAGCCCAAGCAAGUGAUGUCACUUAAGUCUAGGGCUGCAACUAUUGAUUAUUUUAUCGAGUAAUCAGCAGAUCAUUUUUUCAAUUCAUUGUUUUAUCUAUGAAAUGUCCAAAAAAUAGUGAAAGCAAAACAUCCCAGAGCCCAAAAUGACCUCUUUAAAUUUCAUUUUUUGUCCGACCAACUGUCCAAAACCCCAAAAUAUUGAGUUUACAAGUUAUAUUUAUAAGUAAGAAAAGCAGCAAAUCCUCACUUUUAACAAGCUGCAAUUUAACACAACUCUUGACCUCUACUUGAGUCGUUUUUCUUAAACGGUCCUGUAUUUGGCUUUUUGAAAGCGGCAGAUACCUUGACACUGACCAGUCUCUUAGGAAAACCUCACCGAGCACUGGCUUCUGUCACAGUGAAGCUGAGCACAGGAUUCACUCCGCCUCCCCGCCAUCGACGCAGCCACUGAUCUGAUUAGACUGCGUUCAUGAAUGAAUCUGAGCUUCAGCAUGUGUCUUCAGAAGAUGUUCAUACAUGCCGGGCUCCAGAAGGGGAUGCGUCCUCUCCCACACCCACACGCGCUUCAGGAUAUGUAACCCCUCAUAGGCCCAGCAGGGGGGGACACUGAGCUCUGACCUUUGUCCUCCACUGCAGGUCUCAAGUUACUGACAGGCUUAAUAAUUUACCCAGUGAGCAGCAGCCCUUCAUCUCGGACAGAGACUAACCGAUGUUCGUGGUUUUCAGUCAGGACAGUUAACCUGAGAAAUGACACGAUGGAAUCUGAAAUGUGUCAGUGGUUGUUAUCCUCAGAAGUGAUGAUCAGAGCCACAGCCUUAGGGCCGUGUGAGGCUAAAUGGCUUUUAGAGUUACUCAGUGAAAUAUGUACUCAUAUGACGGCACAUAUUUGGGAGCAGGAAGCUACCAGAGAAAUAGUCUUGAAAAAGCUCAAAUCACCCACGUCAGUUGUGCAUUUUUAAUUUGAGAAUAAUCGAGAGGCCCUUACUUUAGGGAACUAACAGUGGCGUAAUCUGCUUAGUAGAUUAGCAGACAAAGACCAAAUUAGUGAGCUUGCUGCUUGAAUGCACAGUCCUGAAACCCUGGUAGGAAUUCAGCCUGGAUAAAAGGGGCAUUUGCACUCCCUGAGCACUGAAUGAAUUUCUCCAUUCACUUAAUAGAGGACACUGACACCGAGAGGACCUCAUCUGUUGACACAGUUUGGGAUUUUGAAAGAGAAAAGUUUUUCUUUUCUCGCAGGUUUAUUUAGUUUCCUCUGAAAUUAUAUCCAACACUCUAGCAGUCACUGAUGUCAAAGACUAGAGCUAUACAUGUAGUGUUGAACUGAAAACACAUUCCAAGGUUGUCCUAAAAACUUUGCACUUAUUCAGGAGUGUGCUAAUAUUUUAGCAGCCAUUUGGCCCGUUGGUCUCCUUACCCACUGUGUUUUGUGGCAUUAAAAAGUUCAGCACCGAAUCAUCUUCACACACUGCAUUCCCAAACCACUGAAGGGCCCGGAUCCUUGCCCUUUCUUAGGGAAAGUCGUCCUCCUCUGAGAAACACUCGUAACCAUACAGUACGUUAAAGGCACAAUCCACGAUCACAUCAACAUCGAACACAAGUUUGGAACCUACUAUUACUCUCAAAAUGACUGAUGGGGCCUUAAAGACCAGGCUGAAAAGCGGUGUUUUUAACUGCCUUAUUCGGUUGAAAGUUUCAAGUCCGCUGCAUCUGUAACCAUAGCCAACAGUGAUGUCACGGUGUACCAACGCACACUGGAGAACACGUCUACGUCACUGCAGCAAGGUGAGGAGUUAAACCAAUAGAAGUGGACCACAACUAAAUCUUAAGGUACUGAUUCGAGACAGAACAAUUUCAACUCAAGGUUCACUUACUUGCUUUUUCAGGAGCUUUGCACUGCAUCGCUCGGUCAACAGAUGGAGUUUGCUCAGUUGUCAUGGAGAUGGAUCUGUUGACAUCUGUAAAAAGCUAGACACCGGGUUAGUGUCGCUUUGUCAAACUACUCUUUCCGAAGUCUUGAAUUAUGAAUUAUUUCUCAUGUCGUUAAAGGUCCAGUGUGUAACAUUUCGGAGGAGUUACUGGCAGAAAUGGAAUAUAAUAUUUAAGUAUGUAGAGCUGGGCGAUAUAUAUCGAAUAUAUUCGAAUAUUAAUUAAUGCGUGAUAUCGGAGAUGACAUAUCGUAUUCGAGCUUUCAGUGUUUGCGCUGGUCGCCGCUGAGGAGUAGUUACGUUACUGUAGUCAGCCAUAGUGUCCCGAUAAGCUCAGGUUGCAGUAUAUUAGUUACUGAAAGGCUAGUUAGCAGCUAACUUUAUUACAACAAGAGGAAACGCGGUCAGUCAUGUGACCGCUCUGAUUACCCGUGGCUUCCAGCUCCGCAGCUCCCCCUCCGGGUUUAAGCUGUUUUAUUGACUUUAGCCUGAUUCGAAGCUGCUACGUAGCUGCUGUUCACAGUCCGGAGUUCCAGAAGACGCCGCAGCACCGUCACAUAGACAGGGACUUUUUAUUUCUUUCCUGUGGCAGCAAACACAACACGCAGCCUUUCACUAACUGUUAUACUGCGCCCUGAGCUCAGCUGCACACUUCAUGGCUGACUGACCGGAAGGCCGUAACACAGGCGCAGUCAGGCUGUGGGUGAGCUAACCAGAGGUGGAGGAAGUAUUCAGGUCCGUUACUUAGGCAAACAUACUAACACCAACCCUACACCGUUAAAACGCUCCUGUCAGUGUUUUAUUAUAUCUGAUGUUUCUGGAUUCAUAUUCCUGCUGCAUUCAUGUGUGUGUUGCAUUUUACUGCUGCAGAUGUUUCAGGCUGAGCUCAUUUUAACUGCUUUAUAUACUGUUGGGUAGUUUCAUCUGCAGCAAUGCAUCAUGGUCAGAGAGAGCACUUAGUCCGAUACACUGGACCUUUAAAUGGUUUUUCUUUUACAUCAGUAAUGUAAGAUGUGUUUUUUUUUCUUAAUCUACAAAUGCUUAAGUUAAUAUUCUAUUGUUGAAAAAUGUACUGAUGGGCCUUUAUGUAUUCAUAGGCAAAUGAUCUUAAGUGAGAAAAUGAGACCUGAUCUCUCCUGCUCUACGUCUUAGCUGUAACUUAUUUUGUUUACCAGAAAGUUAGCUCGAGGUUUGCACUGUUGACUGCACUGACGAUGAAGUUUGACAUUUUUUGUUUCAGAAGUUGUGGAUCUACAGACCAUAGAAUGAAAACAAUGCCAAGUAUAAAUGCAGAGUAUCAUUUUCACGCUUUGAAUAAUAAAACCUUCUUAGCAUUACUGGACACAAAGACGACUUUGCUGACAAUUUUCUCAUGACAUUACACACUGGGUAAGGUGAAAAUAAGCCAAACAACAAGUGUGUUCCCUGUUUAAAGACCGUUUUUGUAGCGGCCUGGCUGUUCCACACUGGCCGUCAACGAUUUCACUCUUUGUUCGCUUUAAAGCAGUUUUAAACGGAGUCAAUCUAACAUUGUAUUUCACACCUUUUUGUUGUUUUCUAAUCAUACCAAAAUGGUUAGCAUCAGAGGGUUUGCAUUGCAGUUCAUUUGAGAUUAACUAUUUUUGUGUAUGAAUGUACUAACUUCAUUUUAAGAAACACUGUACAGAUAAGAGAUUUUUUUCCCACUGUAUGCGGAUAGAAACUUUUUGUCCACGCUUUGAGCGCUGUGUACGGGGACCCAGCGCUUGGCUUGCAGAUGUGACUUUGUAAAUGUACUCACCCACUGCUAAAGGAGGUGCUGCUUCAAUGUGUGCGGCCAGCGGAGAUGGAGGAUGUAAAUACUGUAAGAAAUACUGUGAAAAAGCUUACUGUACAGUGAUCCUUCACACCUCUGUAGGAGUGGCAAGAAGAAUUAUUUAACAGUCGUCAGGAAAUAUUUCCAUUAAAAUGUAUAAAAUAAUAAA